AGCUCAUUGUGAUGAAAAGAAGCCUGCAGGUCAUUCACCUACCCAAUAAAGAGCAGCAGAUGCACACAAUUACUCUCGCUAUGACGCAGUGGUUGUGUGUGUGUGCGUGCACGUGUGCAUGUCUGUAUAUUUCCUCCAAAGACCCCUCAAUAGAUCACAUGCAGGCGGCAGUGGACACAGACACCUCCCUCCCUCCCUUCCUCCCUCCCUCCAGCAACGCUCACAAUCCAACAAGUGACCCCUGCAUCACACACCUGCACUGGGCAUACACUCGUGCACUGAGGAAGAGAAUGCAUCCUAAGCUGCUGUAAUCAUAUUGUUGAAACUCAAUCACACUGCACGUAAUUCCUGCCCUGGAACAAAGAGUUCAUCUAGAACAAACCUGUCCUCAAGCACUUCUACACCUCCCAAAGACUGCAUAAAAGACCUGAGUACUGGUACAAUGACUACAUUUUGGGUCCCUGCUGGAUAUUAGUUGGAUGUCAGUUAGAUCAUGUGUCCAGUGACAGAGGUGGAUCAUGGCUAUGCUGAACCCUAUGGACUGGAUCAGAGAGAGCAGGGGCUCUCCUCGUCUGGUGCUUGUCGUUGUGUGUGUGGCCCUGCUGUUGGAUAACAUGCUGCUAACAGUUGUGGUUCCCAUCAUCCCAACCUUCCUGUAUGCCAUAGAGCACCAGACACAAGAGCGCCCGUCUGACGCCCCCUCCGAGGCUCAGCUCGCCUCCGUCUUCUCUCUGUAUGACAACAACACCUACACCACCAGCACUGCCAAUCUCACCAUCUCUUCUGGCGCUAAUGGAAGUUCAGGGGUCAACGGCAGUUCUGCUGAGCGACAUGGGUGUAAGGAGGACAGUGAGUUUUUGGAAGAGGAGAAUGUGAGGGUUGGGCUGCUGUUUGCCUCCAAAGCAAUGGUGCAGCUCAUGGUCAACCCAUUUGUGGGCCCGCUGACUAACAGGAUUGGAUAUCACAUACCGAUGUUUGCUGGGUUUGCCAUCAUGUUUGUCUCUACAAUAAUGUUUGCCUUCUCAGGGACAUACGCACUGCUGUUUUUCGCCCGCUCAUUGCAGGGAAUUGGAUCAUCUUUUUCCUCUGUGGCAGGUCUGGGAAUGUUAGCAAGCGUGUACACAGAUGACAAUGAGAGAGGAAUAGCCAUGGGAAUCGCACUGGGAGGACUUGCCAUGGGAGUGCUCAUCGGAGCACCAUUUGGCAGCGUCAUGUAUGAGUUUGUUGGUAAAAGCUCUCCAUUUCUCAUCCUUGCCUUCUUGGCUGUGUUUGACGGAGCCCUCCAGCUCUGCAUCCUUCAGCCCUCAAAAAUAUCUCCCGGGAGCGUGGAAGGAGCGCCAUUACUCACCCUGCUAAAGGAUCCCUACAUACUCAUUAGUGCAGGGUCGUUGUGCUUUGCAAACAUGGGGGUGGCUAUUUUAGAGCCCACUCUUCCCAUCUGGAUGAUGCAAACAAUGUGCUCGCCAAAAUGGCAGCUCGGUAUGGCUUUCCUACCAGCCAGUGUUUCUUACCUCAUUGGGACCAAUCUCUUUGGUAUACUGGCCAAUAAAAUGGGAAGGUGGUUGUGUUCCAUGAUCGGCAUGCUUAUAGUCGGCGUCAGUCUGCUCUGUGUUCCCUUUGCCAAAGAUAUCUAUGGUCUUAUUGGUCCCAAUGGAGGGCUGGGAUUUGCUAUUGGAAUGGUCGAUUCGUCUAUGAUGGCUAUAAUGGGUUACCUAGUUGAUAUCCGACAUGUGUCCGUCUAUGGAAGCGUGUAUGCCAUUGCUGAUGUUGCACUCUGCAUGGGAUUUGCUGUUGGUCCAUCUACUGGAGGGGCCAUAGUAAAAGCCAUAGGCUUUCCCAAUCUGAUGGUGAUCAUUGGCAUUAUCAACAUCCUGUAUGCACCCCUUUGCUACUUCCUCAAAAAUCCAGCUGUUCGGGAAGAGAAGAUGGCUAUAAUAAAUCAGGAGUGUCCGAUGCAUGUGAAGAGCUACAAUACACAGCGUGGAUUCAGAGAAUUCCCUCUGAGUGAUGAAAGUGAGGAGGACACUGAAGAGUGAUGCACAUAUAAUUGCCAACAAAUCAUCAGGACCUACCAGCAGCCCUGAUUCAUAAGGUUUAAAUGAGUAAUAUUGCAACUUUCCCUACUAUGAUCACAUUUUUGUCUACAAAUGGUUAGUGACGUAAUUAUUUUUUGUACUCGUCCGCUUGUAAAGUGUUGUUUAUCCUGUCUCUUGUCAUGCCAGUGGGUUUGGAUGAAAUAAACAGGCCUAAUU